AUGGGUCGUCAUGCGCUAAAGAUUCUGAAAGCUCACGGUUAUCUGGUUAAUGCAGCUGUGCCUGACAAAUUCACGAGGUUUUGCCAGUGGAAGAAUUUAGAACUGAAUAUGCAGCUAACAAUGAAUGAUUUCUCAGUGCAUCGGAUAAUUGGACGUGGAGGUUUUGGAGAAGUAUACGGAUGUCGCAAGGCUGACACCGGCAAAAUGUAA